GUAGCCUACAAUUCUCACAUCCCCAUUCACACUUUCACACUACCAAGCCAAGAUGUUUCUCCACACUGUGUUCCUCCUUUCCUUUCUCUUAUCCACUUCCCAUGCUACUGUCCAAGAUUUCUGUGUGGCAGACCUAACAAGUGCAGAUGGCCCUGCAGGUUUUCCCUGCAAGCCACCUGCAAAAGUUACUUCAGAUGAUUUUGUGUUUGCUGGCUUAUCUGAAGCUGCAAAUGUCACAAACAUCAUCAAUGCUGCUGUGUCCCCAGCAUUUGUUGGUCAAUUCCCAGGUGUCAAUGGUCUUGGACUAUCAGCAGCAAGGUUAGACCUUGGUCCUGCUGGAGUUAUCCCACUCCACACUCAUCCUGGUGCCAAUGAACUUCUACUGGUGACUCAGGGUCACAUCCUUGCAGGAUUUGUCUCAUCAAGUAACGUUGUUUAUGAGAAGGUACUCAAAAGGGGAGAGCUUAUGCUCUUCCCACAAGGCUUGUUGCACUUUCAAAUUGCAGCUCAUAAGAGAAAGGCCACAGCUUUUGCUAUCUUCAGCAGUGCUAACCCUGGCCUCCAAAUCCUUGACUUUGCACUCUUUGCCAGCAACUUCUCUACACCUUUGAUCACACAGACCACUUUCCUUGACCCUGAUCUAGUCAAGAAGCUUAAGGGUGUUCUUGGAGGCAGUGGCUGAUUAAGCUAGGGCUGAUCACACAGUCUCAUGGUUAUGAUUUAUGAAUUGUUCAUUAUCUUGCUUACUGUGCAUUAUUAAUUACCUUGUGUUGUUUCAAUUCCUUAGACUUGUCCAGGCCCUCUGGUCAUUGAUUAUUGCUCGUGUGUCAUGCGGAGUGCUUGACUUUUUGUUUUCCAUUUCUGUUCCAAAGCUUAAUGUGUUGAGACUUCAGCAUGACCAUGUUUAGAAGGGUUUGCCACUGUUAAAUGCUGAACAACCUUAUCCAAUGUUCCCUGGUGGAUAAAUGUCGUGCUAUUUCUUUUUCAAGAAAGAUUCUUCUUGUCCUUUACUA